CAAGACCACACAACCGCAAGACCACACAACCGCAAGACCACACAAACGCAAGACCGCACGCAACAAUGCUCGCCUCUCUCACCGCGUGGCUCGCCCUCGGCACGAGCACCGCCCUGGCUGCCCCAGCCGCAGCAGCUACCCCAGCCGCCUGCUCGCGCGCGACACUGCAAGCGCACACCGAAACGUACCUCGCGGCACAAGCCGCCGGCAAGCCCGGCGGGCUGGUGGCGCUCGCUGCACCGGGGCUGGUCUACACCGAGGACGGGGUGGCGCGCAACAUCCAGACAGGUGUGCUCGCGACGGCACUCCGCAUCGACCACAACCGCAGCGUGCUGGACACGACGCUCUGCGCGACGUACAGCGAGCUGAUCGUGACCGACGCGGCGCACCCGCGCGUCAUCGGCACGCAGCUGCGCUUCGACGCCGCCGGCGCGCAGCUGCUAAAAGCCGAGUCGCUCGUCACGCAGCCCGGCGACUGGGGCUUCAACGCGUCGGGCACGCUGUACUUCGCGGCGCGCGAGGACGGCAAGUGGGCGCCGAUCCCCGCCGCGGAGCAGGAUUCUAGGGCGGUGAUCCAGGCUGCGGCGGACGCGUAUCUGGACCUGUUUAACAACCCGGCCGUGGUCGUGCCGUGGGGCACGCCGUGCGACCGCCUCGAGGGCAGUUUUUACACGGGCAACGGGUCGGCGACGGAUAGUUGCGAUGUGGGCGUGCCGACGGGCGUGGAUAUUCAUGAUCGGCGGUACGUUAUUGACGAGACGGUGGGGACGGUUGACGUGCUGAAUAUGUUUGCGACGCGGCCGGAUAGCCACGAGUUCCGUGUGGAGAAGGGCAAGAUCCGGUUUGUGCACACGCUGACUAUCAUGCGCAAUGUUACGGCUUGAGGAUUUGAAGGAUCGGAUGGGGUGUUGUCGAAUGUGGAAUAUCAAAAUAUGAGGACGAUGGAAGUGUGUAAAUAGGGGCGAGGGGGUCAAAAUAAUGAAUUGAUUUCGACUGUGU